UCCUUGUCAUUUAUUAAUUCUCUCUCCUCUUCUCUCUCUCUCUCUCUCUCUCUCUCUUGAUUUGGAGAUCUUAUUCUGCUCGACCAAGUUUGUUCCUUUUAGCAUAAUUUGAGGGUUAAUUCCCCAUAAAUUCUUACUUUGUCUUGUUCUUGUGUCGGUUAGGUUUUCAAGAAAACCCCUCUUUUGUCUUGUCUCCUCAAUAUCAGUGGUUUAUUUCUCAAUAAUAAAAGAGGGGUUUGUUCAAGUCUUCUGUCUCUAGUCACUCUCUCUAUAUAUAAAUACUUCCAACUCUCCGAAAUGAUCAGAAGCUCUUUGUUAUUAUCUCUUGACCUACACACAGACAGAUAAGAGAAAGUGACCAAAGGAAUUAGGGAUCGAGAUGAACAAGAGUAAUCCUGCUGGCGCAGUUACCGGUUCAGAUAUAAUUGACGCAAAGAUCGAAGAGCAUCAACUUUGUGGAUCCAAUAAGUGUCCCAGCUGCGGCCACAAGCUCGAGGGCAAACCACAGAAUUGGGUUGGUUUACCCGCAGGAGUGAAAUUUGACCCAACGGAUCAAGAGUUGAUAGAACAUUUAGAGGCAAAAGUAUUAGUUAAAGAAAUGAAAUCUCACCCUCUAAUUGACGAAUUCAUCCCCACCAUUGAAGGCGAAGACGGCAUUUGUUACACGCAUCCCGAGAAACUUCCCGGAGUGACUAGAGAUGGUUUAAGCAGACACUUUUUUCAUAGACCCUCAAAGGCUUAUACGACGGGAACAAGAAAGCGAAGAAAGAUUCAAACGGAAUGUGACAAUAGUAUGCAUGGAAGUAGUAGUUCCGGGGAGACGAGGUGGCAUAAGACCGGCAAGACAAGACCGGUUAUGGUAAACGGUAAGCAAAAAGGUUGUAAAAAGAUUUUGGUUUUGUAUACCAAUUUUGGUAAGAAUCGAAAACCGGAGAAAACCAAUUGGGUAAUGCAUCAAUAUCACUUGGGGACACAUGAGGAAGAGAGAGAAGGAGAGCUUGUUGUGUCUAAGAUCUUUUAUCAGACUCAGCCUAGGCAAUGCAAUUGGUCGUCAUCUACGUCAAGUCUGAACGCUAUAGGUGGUGGAGGCGGUGAAGCGAAUAGUGGUGGAGGCGGCGGAGAGUAUAAGAUGAGGAGAGGUAGUGGCACUACCAGUGGUGGGAGUUGUUCCUCGUCUAGAGAGAUUAUGAAUGUUAAUCCUACAAAUCGAUCUGAUGAAGUAGGUGGUGUUGGUGGUGGCGCUAUGGCUGUAGCGGCUGCUGCUGCGGCGGUUGUGGCUGGUCUCCCGAGUUAUGCAAUGGAUCAACUAAGCUUUGUUCCUUUUAUGAAGAGUUUCGAUGAGGUGGCGAUGAGGGAAACUCUUCACACCGGGCAAGCUACAUGUGAUGAUGUUAUGGCAGAACAACUUCGUCAUCGUCAUCAAGCAUCACCAUCAUCAACAUCAUCACAUCAUGUGGCUCAUCACCAUCAUCAGCAUCACCAUCAGCAACAACAACGGUAUCAUGCAUUCAACAUAAGCCAGCCUACACACCCAAUAUCAACCAUCAUUUCUCCAUCUACAUCGCUUCACCAUGCCCCCGUUAAUACCCUUGACGAUAAUCCUUAUCAUGUUCGUAGAAUUUUGCUCCCUAAUGAAAAUUACCAGGCACACCAACAACAACAAGACCAAGAAAGAGACGAGCAACACAAUGAUGGGAAGAUGGGAGGAAGGUCAGCUUCUGGAUUGGAAGAACUCAUAAUGGGCUGCUCUUCUUCGAACACUCAUCAUGAUGUAAAAGAUGGAUCAUCAUCAAUGGGGAACCAACAAGAAGCAGAAUGGUUGAAGUACUCAACAACAUUUUGGCCACCCCCUGACUCUUCUGAUAAUCAAGAUCAUCAUGGGUAAUUGUGCCAUUUUCCAGUCUGAUGAUCAUGACCCUCAUCACAAAGUGUUGUUGCCACUAAUACCUAUCAUGGUGGUUAUCUUCAUCGUCGUCAUCAUCAUAACAUCAUAGAAAAUGGUAAAUCCAUCGAUCUUGCACCAAAGAAGUUAUAUAUGCAUGAAUUUGACAUGGUGAAGGGUAUUAAGCUGUGCCAAAAAAAAUCAAGUGUUUUGGUAAAACAAAAUUAAAGAAGGGAAGGGAAAAAAAGAAGUAUAAUCUGUUUUUGGAAAUAGAAGAAGAAGAAAAAGCAAGGAAAUCUGCAUCAAAAUCAUCAAUAGUGCUAUAUAGAAACAUUUUCUAUAUCUUCGUCUGUUUUUUCUUUCUUUAGAAUGAACUGUAUAUUCCGUUUUUUUUGUUUGAUAUAUACUACGAUAAGAUCUGUAUCUUGCGCAUGAUAAAUUUAUAUGAAAAUUAUUUUAAAAAUAUAGUAUGGAAGAAUAAAAUUUAUAUUCUUGAUCGAAA